AUGUCAGCACACGCCAACGGAAAGACCCCUACCCAGCCUUUCAGCCAGUCCCCCUUUCGUACCCGUAGCGACCUCCAAGAUGGCUGCAAGGCGCUCCUCGAUCCUCUCGUACCCCGCUUCACCCUCGGAGGCAGUCGCGUAAAGAUCGGAUCAUCGACCACGAGGUUUGACGAAGGAGGCGCACAAAUCGAGGGCUUUGCCCGCCCAUUAUGGGGUCUAGCUGCGCUACUCGGAGGCAAUGGCGACUAUGCGGCGGCCUCGCGCUGGCGCGAUGGCUUCAUACAAGGCACAGACCCCGAGGGCCCGGAGUACUGGGGGGAUAUCGAGGACUUGGACCAGCGGAUGGUGGAGAUGUGUCCAGUUGGCUUUGCGUUGGCGGUUGCGCCGCACGUAUUCUGGGAUCCAUUGACGGAUAAGCAGAAGGCGAACGUCGCGAAGUGGCUAGCAAGCAUCAAUGAGCGGGAGAUGCCGAAUACAAACUGGCUGUGGUUCCGAGUCUUUGCGAAUCUGGGCCUGCGCAAGAACGGGGCUCCGUAUUCGCUUUCUCGCAUUGAAGCUGAUAUGGAUCACUUGGAUACCUUUCAUGUCGGUGGAGGAUGGAGCAACGACGGACCCAAGAGUCACCACCAGAUGGACUACUACUCGGGCUCCUUCGCAAUCCAGUUCCUGCAGCUGCUCUAUUCCAAGCUAGCCGCGGACUUCGACGAGCCCCGUGCAGCGCGAUACCGCGAACGCGCGAAAGAGUUCGCGCUCGAUUUCGUAUACUACUUUGAUCCCGAUGGACGGUCGAUCCCUUUUGGGCGCUCAAUGACAUACCGAUUCGCCAUGGUUGGAUUCUGGGGUGCACUCGCUUUUGCGGGCGUCACCCCGCCUCUGCCACUGACUUGGGGUAUGGUGAAGGGGCUGUUGCUCCGGCAUUUCCGGUGGUGGGCGACGCAGGAGGAUAUCUUCAACACCGACGGGACCUUGAACCUGGGAUACUCCUAUGCGAACAUGUAUCUGACGGAGAACUACAACUCGCCGGGCUCGCCGUACUGGUGCUGUCUGGCUUUUGUCCCCCUUGCUCUGCCUGAUACGCAUCCCUUCUGGGCGGCGCAGGAGGAGCCCUACCCGUCGCUCUCGGCGGUGGCAGCUCUCAAGUACCCGAAGCACAUCAUCGUGCAUCGGGGCGGCCAUACCUUUCUCCUCUCAUCGGGACAGGCUUGCCACUACCCUGUCCGAGCGAUUCAAGCCAAGUACGGAAAGUUCGCAUACAGCGCCUCGUUCGGAUACUCCGUGCCAACCGGGGGAUACCAGUUGGAGCAACAUGCGCCAGAUAGCAUGCUGGCGCUUUCCGAGGACGGCGGCGACAUCUGGCAGACGCGGAGGGUCGUGGAAAAUGCACGCAUCGAGUACCGCGAGAACGCGCCCGUGCUAAUCUCCGACUGGCGUCCUUGGUCUGAUGUCCAGGUCGAGACUUUCCUGAUUCCCCCUGUCGACGGGAGCGAGAACUGGCAUAUUCGUGCGCACCGUGUCCGAACAGGUCGGGACCUCCAGACGUCAGAAGGGGCAUUUGCGAUCUACGGGUGCCAGAUUGGGAACGGCCGUAUCCUUCAACCCUUUACGGGUCCCAUCAGCCCGUCAUCCGAGGGGACUGCGACUGAGUCCCAAAGCGCGCUUACUGUAUCCUCAGCAGGCGCUGUAGGCAUUGUGGAGCUACAGCCUACUACAGACCGCGCAGGGAGGGUCGUCCUAGCAGACCCGAACUCGAACCUGAUCCACGGUCGUACUUUACUGCCGUCUUUGAGUGCCGGUCUAAAAUCAGGGCAGGAGGUUUGGCUCGUGAGUGCGGUGUUCGCGUUGCCGGCGCAUGGGAAUGGCGAGAAUUGGAGAGAAAUCUGGAUUGACAAGUGGAACAAGCCACCGACUAUCCCGGCGUGGUUGAAAAAACUAGUGGAGGCUUGA